UCAAAUUCCGAGAAUUGAGCUCUUCUGAUUCUUAGAACUGGGGUUCUUAGAAGUGGUGAUGCAAGAAGUUUCUAGGAAAGCACUACCAGAUCUCGAAAAAAUGACUUGUGCAGCCGACAGCUGCAUCCAAUUCACGCGUCAUGCAAGUGAUGUUCUGCUCAACCUGAACCGAAUGCGUAGCAGAGAUAUCCUUACAGAUGUCACGAUUCUGGUCAACAGGCAACAGUUUCGAGCACACAAAACGGUCCUUAUGGCAUGCAGUGGGCUCUUCUACUCAAUCUUUACUGAUUCACACAAAUGUAACCUGAACGCCAUCAGUCUGGACCCUAAGGUCGACCCAGAGGGUUUUGCAAUCCUCCUGGAGUUCAUGUACACUUCACGUCUCGCACUGAAGGAGAGCCUCAUCAUGGCUAUCAUGAACACAGCCAUCUAUUUACAGAUGGACCACGUUGUUGACACCUGCCACAGAUUCAUAAAGUCCAGUGACUCCUCCAUGAAACUUUCCAGAGAGGACUUUCUUGUCAGCCCCCUGCUUUUACCUCAAGACGUUCACAGCUACAGACCACAUGAGGUGAUGGAAAACGUUCCUGGACGGUCAGCUACUUUCAGAGAUGGGAGACCCUAUGGUGUCUGCAUGUUUAACGGGGUCAGCGCUCCUAACAGCUCGUACCUUUACAGUCAGUUUCCCAUGCAAGGUUUUCCCUUUCCCCUUUGCAAGCUGACAGACCCCAAAAACACUUUCUCAGACUUCUCAAAGGGAGCCAUCAUCCAUCACAAACACUGCUCGCCGGCUGAUGGCAACAACCCCAUCCUGGCCGACUUCACCCGCAGCGCCACCGCUUGCCAUGCCAGCUCACACUCCUCGAGAGAGCUGGGAAGAGAUGAGGAAAUGAAGCGGGAGACCUUGGAGGGAGGGGUCCAUUCGAUUGGGAUGAGCUCCAGAAAGCACAGCUUCAUCAGUGUGACCCAGGAGCAGCAGAGGGAGACCGGGAAAGAGCAAAGUUCCCUGGCAGAGGAACAUUUGAGCCACCAACACUACUCCAUGGGCAUGUCCUCUAAUGGACGCAAGACCUUGAUGAGCAGCCCUCAGAGCCCCCUUAAAUCAGACUGCCAGCCCAAUUCCCCAACGGAAUCGAGCAGCAGCAAAAACGCUGCCCUUACGCAUGUCUCGCAACCCCCAACCUCUCAAGGUACUCCAGACCCUAAAGCUCGUAACUGGAAGAAAUACAAAUUCAUUGUUCUCAAUCAGAGUUCCAAGGAGGAGGAGACCAGUCCUCAUGACCCUGGAAUGCACUCCCCGCAGAGGCCGGGCUUGUCUGCUUUUCUUCACCAUGUUGAUUCUGAACAUCCCGACUCGAAGGCGACGACGAAGAUCAGCGAGCAAGGCGAGGACUUCACAGUGCCUCAGGCCAGUCGCCUCAACAACAUCAUCAACAGCAGAACUCUAGAGGGAUCGCAGAGGAAAAGUGGCAGCCACUCUUCGCUCUGUAUGAGCCAUUUGAAAUGCUCGUCCUGUGGCUCCCAGUCUCCACAGCACUCUGACGUCUGUCCCAACACAUCCACCUCACGUCUGGCCGAGGAAAUGUCUGAGAUGCACUCCGAGUACUCUGAUUCCAGCUGUGAAAAUGGAACAUACUUUUGUAAUGAAUGCGACUCCAAGUUUGCAGAGGAGGAAGCCUUGAAACGCCACAUGCUUCAGGUCCACAGCGACAAGCCAUACAAAUGUGACCGUUGCCAAGCAGCAUUCCGCUACAAGGGAAACCUUGCCAGUCACAAAACAGUUCACACCGGAGAGAAACCGUAUAGAUGCAAUAUCUGCGGGGCUCAGUUCAACAGACCAGCUAACCUCAAAACCCACACACGAAUUCACUCAGGAGAAAAGCCAUACAAGUGUGAGACCUGCGGCGCUAGAUUUGUGCAGGUUGCUCACCUUCGGGCUCACGUUCUGAUUCAUACUGGAGAGAAGCCAUAUCCAUGCGAGAUCUGUGGCACUCGUUUCCGCCAUUUGCAGACACUGAAAAGUCACCUGCGAAUACACACGGGAGAAAAGCCCUAUCAUUGUGAGAAAUGCAACUUGCAUUUUCGCCACAAGAGUCAGCUGCGGUUACACCUGCGGCAAAAGCACGGCGCAGUCACCAACACCAAGAUCCAGUAUCGCAUGUCCUCGACAGACCUGCCAACUGACUUAAUGAAGGCAUGCUGAGCAGGCACUUAGUGGCAGACCUGACCAUGGCAUUAUACAACCUGACUUGUACAAUCAUUCAAAAUUUGUGUGCCACACUGUGUUAUUCGGACAAAAAAAAAAAAAAAAAAAAAACUGGCAAGGACUGCCAGUCUAAACGGGUUUCCUCUACAUUUGAAUAUAGAA